CACAUUUCAAGCAAAGAUAAUUUAAUCUCCCACACGCUUUCAAUUAUCAUUGCUAUUUCACAACCAACAAGUUUAUUAUGUAAGAGCCUAAAUAACUCUCAAUACAACUUCUCUCUUCAUCUUGUGCCUAAAUCUAAAAAAGCCUCUAUUCUUUGAUAUAACUUGUUAGAGUAAUUAAGUUCUUUAAUUUUCCCGUGUGUAACAUAUAUAUCUCUAACACACAACAAAGACACACGUACACUAAUAUGGAUUCAAAGAGGCAUAAUCAAGAUCAAAAUGGAGAUGACAUUUCUGUAAAGCCGUUGGUUGACUGGAAAGGAAGACCGUCGAAUCCUAAGAAACACGGUGGAAUGAGAGCUGCUACGUUUGUUCUAGGGGUGCAAUCAUUUGAGAUAAUGGCAAUAGCAGCAGUAGGGAACAACCUUAUAACUUAUCUGAUAAAUGAGAUGCACUUUUCUCUAUCAAAAUCAGCAAACAUUGUCACAAACUUUGUCGGUACUGUUUUCAUCCUCGCCCUCUUUGGUGGUUUUCUUUCUGAUUCUUAUCUUGGUUGUUUCUGGACCAUGCUCAUCUUUGGCUUUAUCGAACUAUCAGGUUUCAUCUUGCUAUCAGUCCAAGCUCACCUUCCUCAAUUAAAGCCACCACAGUGCAACAUGCUAACUGACGGAGAACGAUGUAAUGAGGCGAAAGGAAUAGAGGCUUUCAUAUUCUUUGUGGCACUCUAUUUAGUGGCAUUAGGGAGUGGUUGUGUGAAACCAAACAUGUUGGCUCAUGGUGCCGAUCAAUUCGACAUGAGCAACUCAAAACAGUCAAAGAAGCUCUCUACAUACUUCAAUUUCGCCUACUUUGCGUUCUCAAUGGGUGAACUCAUUGCACUUACCCUCAUAGUUUGGAUCCAAACCCAUUCCGGCAUGGAUAUCGGAUUUGGAGUGUCUGCUAUUGUCAUGGCAAUGGGCCUCAUAUGCUUGGUUUCCGGUACCAUAUUUUAUCGAAAUAAGCCUCCUAGAGGAAGCAUUUUAACUCCUAUUGCACAAGUUUUUGUUGCUGCGUUUUUAAAGAGGAAACAAACGUGCCCAUCUAAUCACCUUAUGCUUCAUGGAAGCUCGAAUGAGCAUUGGAGCGUAGUUUCCGCCGAGACUUCAAAUCUUUGUCACACGGAUAGGUUCAGGUUCUUAGAUAAAGGCUGCAUAAGGAACCAAGAUCAAGAGAACACCAAUAAUGCAAAAGAAAGUGCAUGGAAAUUGUGCACUGUGAACCAAGUUGAGCAAGUGAAGAUCCUAAUCUCAAUCAUCCCAAUCUUUGCUUGCACAAUUGUGUUUAACACAAUUUUAGCACAACUUCAAACCUUCUCAGUGUCACAAGGAAGUUUAAUGAACAACGAAAUCACAAAAUCGUUCCAUAUCCCACCAGCCUCACUCCAAGCCAUCCCUUACAUAUUGUUGAUCUUUGUAGUCCCUCUUUACGACUACUUUUUCGUCCCUUUUGCUAGAAAAAUCACUGGUCAUGAAUCCGGUAUCACCCCUUUACAACGUAUUGGAUGCGGUUUAUUUGUUGCCACUUUUUCCAUGAUCUCAGCUGCACUAAUGGAGAAAAAGAGAAGGGAUUCAUUUGUGAAUUCUGGUCACAUAUUAUCCAUUUUUUGGAUCACUCCACAAUUUUUAAUAUUUGGAGUAUCCGAAAUGUUCACUGCUGUGGGACUAAUUGAGUUCUUUUACAAACAGAACUUAAAAGGAAUGCAAUCUUUCUCCACUGCAAUCACAUAUUGUUCAUAUUCAUUUGGAUUUUAUCUAAGUUCUGUUCUUGUUUCUUUGGUAAAUAAGAUUACAUCCACAUCGAAGAACGAUGGUUGGCUCGGAGGUAGCAAUCUAAAUAAGGACAGAUUAGACCUUUUUUAUUGGCUGUUAGCAGGACUAAGCUUGAUCAACUUCAUAAACUAUAUCUUUUGGUCAAGAUGGUAUAGUAAUUCAAGUGCUGCUUCUUCAGGAAAAUCACAUAUUGAUUCCAUUGAAGAAGGAUUUGGUGAUGUUGAUAACCCUCCUAAAGUUGUAAGAAUUGAUGACAUUUAAAUAUGACAUCAUACUAAUCUAUAAUUGAGCAGCCUUUAAAGUAUUGUGUAGUUUAUAAGAAAAUAAUAUAGGAUAUUGUAUACUAGCUGAUGUAUGUACAUAAGAAAAAAAAAAAGUGUGCUUUAUUUCUAAUGUAUCUGUUAAGGGGUACAUUGAAGUAAUGUGAUUAUAAAUUUUUAGUA